AUGAACAGGCUUGCUUGCAAAAGCCCCUAUCAAUUACAAAUGGGUCUUCGACAAAGCAAGAUAAAAAAAAGAAAGAUGUACCUGAAGGCAGGUCUAGCUCAGCAACAAUCAGUAGCAGGGUCAAAAUCAGAUGCGUUCAAAACUAUUCCUUUACAGAACUCUGCCUUCUCAGUUGCUGUUCACAUACACGGGGAUGAUGAAGGAGUCAUGGCAGAUAAAACAUGGUUCUCCAAAAAAGUAAUAUCACUGAAGAGAUCAACAGGAGUUGAGGGCAAGCAGCAUGUUGAGUUCUGUUAA